AUGACGAUACCCGCGAGUUUGCGGCAGAGUUUAUGUGUGGGGAAACCCCAGGUUGACGCGGUGGCUGCGGACCCGCAAAAGGCCCGACAAAAAUCCGUGGAUGGCUUACCCGGAAUGGCAGGUGCAUCGUGCGAAGUCUGGCAGGUGGAUCAGAAGGCUGGAGAAAAUGAAAGCCAUGUCCUUCGUCGAGGGUCGCGAAGGAAGUUUGGAUUUCUGGAGGAUGUCGGAGGAGUCGUGCUGUCUGAUGCAACUCGAAAGCGGAACAGAGAUUAUUAG